GAAUAUCAACAUGGCUCUGGUUUCGGAGUUUCUGGGACAGCUUACUCUUAACGUUGGGAGUGAACCCCUGUACCCCACUCUGCUACCUGCCAAGGACUUUGACCCAGACAGAGAUGCUGCCAGAAUAGAGACUGCAAUCAAAACCAAAGGAGUGGAUGAGCAGACAAUCAUUGAUGUCCUUGCAAGGAGAACUUAUUCUCAAAGGAGGGAAAUUGCUUUUGCCUACGAAAGAAAGACAAAGAAGGACAUGAUCACAGCUCUGAAAGCAGCUUUAUCCGGGUCCCUGGAAACCGUCAUCCUUGGACUGAUGAAGAGCACAUCCCAGUAUGACGCCUCAGAGAUCAGAGGAUCAAUCAAGGGUUUGGGAACAGAUGAAGAAACUCUGAUUGAAAUGUUAUGCUCACGCAGCAAUGAUGAGCUUGUGGAAAUCAAGAAGGUCUACAAAGAGCUAUUCAAGAAAGACUUGGCAAAAGAUGUUGCAGGCGAUACCUCUGGAAACUUUGCAAAGCUGCUUUUAGCUCUAGUGGAGACCAAGAGAGAUGAACCCAGUGCCGUAGUAGACUAUGAAAAAAUAGAUGCUGAUGCCAGAGCUCUUUAUGAUGCUGGAGUGAAGAUAAAAGGAACCGAUGUGAACACUUGGAUCUCUAUUAUGUCCCAGAGGAGUGUCCCCCACCUGCGGAAAGUGUUUGACAAGUACAAGGGUUACAGCCCCUAUGACAUGCAGGAGAGUAUUGAGAAGGAAGUUAAAGGAGAUCUACAGAAGUCUUUCCUCGUACUAGUUCAGUGCUUUGAAAACAAGCAGCUUUACUUUGCGAAAAGGCUGAAUGAAGCCAUGAAGAGUAAAGGAGCCAAAGAGAAGAUUGUGACCAGGAUUAUCGUGUCUCGCUGUGAGGUGGAUCUGAAAAAGAUCUGCUCUGAAUACAAGGCCACCUUUGGGCAGUCCCUGCAGCAGACGAUAACCGAGCAUACCAAAGGAGACUAUCAGAAGAUACUGCUUAACCUCUGCGGACCAGAUCAGUAAAAAUGUCCUGUCAACAUCCAGGUGUUUUUAACCUGCUUUUACUGGAAAUAUGGACCUACAGCGUUGCAUUACUACACAGGCCUAAAGGCGCAGCAUUGAAGAAGACAUGAAAAUAUUGUCUUAAAACUUAAAAAGGUGUUAUUUAUGAUUUUUAUAGCAGAAAAUGAAUAAAGUUUUGUUUCUGGAUUGCUAAACUUUCCUUUUUUCUUCCCAAUAUGCUGCUUUUAUAUCAGACCACUAGAGGGCGGUAAGGUUACGCAAAAGGAAUCCUUCCCUAUCAGGUCCUCACAGUUUUAUAUCUGCAAAACAUAACAGAUAUUUACAGACUUCCAUGAUUAUUUGACCACAAAAUACAUGUUUGCUUUCAAUCCUUGUUUACUUCUUUGUCAUCUAAUAUUUACUCUGAUUCAAAAACGAAUUAAAACAUUUAACUUUUCGUUGUGAAUGCUCAAGAUGACUAAACAGUUAUAUUAAACCUUCAGCUGCCAUGUGUAAAAGAAAAUAUAUGAAAACGAGUCUUUCUGAGGAUUAAACAGUGGUCGAGUAUCAGCCUCCGACUGGAAGAGGA